AUGUGGUCGCUGCUGCUUGAUUUCCUAUGGGGACCUCUAUGUUUAAAAUAUGUAAAAGAUAGCGUAGGAUACCCUCAACAUUCUUCAAAAACUGAGGACGAGACAAAUUUGAAAAUUAAGGCAAGAAAAAGAAAGAAGACCGACAUGAAACCUACUAAACAGAAGACAUUAUCUAAUCCUGUUGUAGUGAAUCAUUUAAUGGGCAUGCAUUUAACGCAUACUGAUUCUAAUGCCAGCUAUAAAAUCAAUAAAAGCUGCGCUACAACAAAAGGAAAAAAUAACGAUAUUAAUGGAAUUUUAACGAUUGAUACAGGUUCAGGAGUAACAAUAAUGAAUGAACGUUUGGAUGUUCCGGUUUAUGCCAUAGAGAAACGAAUUCUUCCACCGUAUCAUGAAACAUAUAUAUCCGUCCGCCCGCCACUACAGUUUAGCUCGGACUCAUGGGAAACUACCACUAUAGCAGCUCCUACCCGUAUAUCCGUGGCUAACUGUUUAGUCAUCGUUCACAACAAUUCAACAUCAUUAAAAAUAGCAAAUUUGACGUCUAUUCGACAAGUAAUCCACAAGGGACAAAGAGUGGCUAACCUCGAUCCAUGGUAUGAACAAUGGACAACAUCUUCAACAGGAAUUCUCGACCCACAAUAA